UGUUUCGGAGGCGGCGCUCGGAACGCUACCAGGAGGGCGACGCGGCGGCAGCAGCCAUGGGCGCUGCGCCUCCGGGGGCGCGGAGGGGGCUCGAGAAACGGCCGGGCGGGGCUGAAGAGACCGUCGCGGGGACUGGCCCUUAACGCUGAGCUGCGGUGGGGUCCCUCCAAGAGCUGCGAGCGCCGGUGAGCGCGAGCGCGGCGUAUCGGAGGAGCCGGGCAGCCGCCGGCCACUGCAAGGGGGCCUGCCUGACGGCUGGGCGGAUCCAUAGGGCUGUGUGGGCACCUCUGGGUGUGGGGUGACCCCGCCUGGUACGUUUCGGAGGCCGAGGCGCGUCCGCAGGGGCCCACGCACAUCCCCAGGGGCGCACCGCCGGGGCCCGGCGCCGCCUCGGCCAGCCCCGGGGCGCCCCUGAAUGGCUAAGCUGCCCCUUCGCCGGCCGCCCGGGCGCCGCAGCGGCUGAACUCGCUGGGAUCGCCUGGCUGCCGCCGCCCUCGCCGCCCCCUGCAUGCCCGGUGCCCGAGUCGCGGCCCACCUGGACUCGCUGGGCCCCCUGGUCCCCUCCGUGCCGCCGCCGCUGCUGCCCUCUAUGUUCUACGUGGGCCUGUUCUUCGUCAAUGUGCUGAUCUUAUACUACGCCUUCCUCAUGGAGUACAUCGUCCUCAACGUGGGCCUCGUCUUCCUGCCCGAGGACAUGGACCAGGCUCUCGUGGACCUCGGCGUGCUCUCCGACCCCGGCUCGGGCCUCUACGAUGCCGACUCGGAGCUCGACGUCUUCGAUGGUUACUUGGAGUAGGCUUGGCUGCCAUCUCCCGCUCCCUCAACGACCCGCAACCCUCGGCCCGGACCAACGCCCAGAUCAUGCCACCGCUGCUGGUUGAGGGCACCGUCUGGCCAGGGAUGGGACCCCCAGGACGAGGCCCUCUCCGGCCUCCGAGGCCUGCCUGCACCCCUCAAAAGCUUCGUGCCAACAGAGAGGUUCCGGUCCUGACCCAGGGCAGUGAUAGAGAGAUUGAGACUGAGCGCCGAGGUCCAGAAGGCACGGGCCCCUGCAGAAGGGGGAAGGAAAGGGCGCCCAGAGACCUCGCCUGCCUGCAGCAUCACGCAAACGGCCUUGCCUUGGCUUCCCACCUUUCGCAACUGCGAUGGAUGUUUACAGGAACCCAGCCAGAGUCUGCCUCCUUGCUCUUCACCCCUGACUGCACCUGCUUCCCCCACUUAAACUUCGGAGAGGACACUUCACACACAGAAGCGUCUCCCAGCUCUAUUUGAUGCCAGCGGAGCGGCAAGGUUUGGCCCGAGGCUGGUCUUAGAUGCAGCAACUGUUUCGGAGGGUGACUCAGAAGGAAAAGAAGAACAUGUUGGGGGCCGAGGGUGGGGUUUGACUCAUUCAAGUUGUUUGCUCUCCAUCAGAUUGCCAGAACUGAUGAUAUAUUGCGCCGGGGGACAGCGCUCUUCCGGCCAGAAAUAUUUUUUUCGAAAAUGUGAGUGGUAUAAAUACUUGACUUCGAUAAACCUGUAAAAGCAAUACUUAGGAGGCUGACUUCUUUCAAUUAAAAAAUGUAUGCAACUCCAA